AUGGCUGAACUGUACCCCGACCUCAAGGACCGUCCUAUCAAGGAGACCAUCUGUCUUUUCGACGUUGAUGGCACUCUCACGCCCGCGAGACAGUCCGUUUCUGCUGAGAUGCUGCAGACCUUGUCCAACCUGAGGCACAAGUGCGCAAUUGGCUUCGUCGGAGGUUCAGAUCUUGCCAAACAACAGGAGCAGUUGGGCACCCCGUCUCUUCCCGUCACCACCCUCUUUGACUUCUGCUUCGCCGAGAAUGGUCUCACAGCCUACCGCUUGGGCCAGCCCAUGGCCUCCCACUCCUUCAUCCAGUGGCUCGGAGAAGAGAAAUACCAAAAGCUGGCCAAAUUCUGUCUGAGAUAUCUCUCUGAACUUGAGGGUCUUCCACGCAUGCGUGGUACCUUCAUCGAAUUCCGCAACGGCAUGAUCAAUGUCAGCCCCGUUGGUCGUAAUGCCAGCAAGGCCGAACGAGACGAGUUUGAGGCUUGGGACAAGAAGAACAAUUGCCGGCCUCAAAUGAUCGAAGCCAUUCAGAAGGAAUUCCCUGAUUUGGGACUGACGUACUCGAUCGGCGGUCAGAUCUCCUUCGAUGUCUUUCCCACCGGUUGGGACAAGACCUAUUGCUUGCAGCAUGUCGAAGCCGAAGCCGACCCCAGCAAGUCUGGUAUCCACUACAAGAACAUCCAUUUCUUCGGAGACAAGGCCUUCAAAGGGGGUAAUGACUGGGAAAUCUACAGCGACCCUCGAACCAUUGGCCACGCCGUCAAGGGCCCAGAGGACACGAUGGCCCAGCUCAAGCAGCUCUUUGACGUCUGA